AUGGGACGGCGCCUCGCGUGCGCCCUACUACUCACGACAGCGGGAGCCAGGGAGCGCUUCAGCCCCUGCCCGAACUCCUGCUCGGGCCACGGGUUGUGUGAUGCGUGGCACGUCUGCCACUGCGCGGACACGUAUCAAGGUGCCGACUGUUCGCAAAGGACGUGUCCGUACGGGCCCGCGUGGGCCGAUCACCCCGAACAAAUUACGGGGGACGGCGUGGGCCACCAGCCGGCGGAGUGCUCUAGAAGAGGUAAUUGUGAUCGGUUGGGGGGUACUUGUGUCUGCGGUGUCGGCUUCGAGGGCGCGGCGUGUGAGAGACGGGCUUGUGGCCCGUUAUUGUGCACCGGAAGAGGUGUUUGUCGAUCACUCAAAGAUCGGGCGUUGCGGAGAGAUCUAGGCGACUCAAGAUCAUCCCUGAGCCACUUCCACAGCGCCGACCCGCCCUUCUCCGCCCCGGUGCAAACCUACAACGCGUGGGACGCGACCAUGAUGCACGGCUGCGAUUGUGACACGGGCUUCUGGGGGCCGAACUGCGAGUUCGUGGAAUGUCCUCGCGGCGACGAUCCGUAUACCUCUGGUUCUAGAGUGGUCCAACAGAUGCUCGUGUGCAUGGGUGAUGGUGGGUCUGUAGCUCUGUCGUUUCGCGGAGCGACGACCAGACCGCUGGCGUGGGACUCUUCGUCCGCGACGGUGCGCGCGGCGUUGUUGGAGCUGCCUACUCUACGAGGUGGGGCGGGCGAUGAAGCCUUCGGGGACCAGCGGGAGAUGUUACCAAGACCAUUGAACGCCCAAUUGACCGGCCGCGCCGUCUCCGUGUUAUAUGACAACGCAGCGACCACUUUAUGCGCCGCGUCGGGCGUCACGGCAAUCAUCCAGUUCAACCAGGACUUCGGAGAUAUUCCGUUGUUGGUGCCCGACGCGACGGAGUUGACGCAUUCGUCAAUCAUCAUCUCACCCUCGUUAGCGGUAGCGUUAAAACAGACGUCGGACAAGGAGGACGCCGUCUGCUCGAACCGCGGGCUCUGCGACCCGUUAUCCGGCAGAUGCGCGUGCGACGGCGAGUUCUGGGGGUCCUCCGACGGCUACGGCAUGCGCGGGUCGCGCGGCGACUGUGGCGUCGCCGUGAACCUCGCGUCGAUCACGGGCUGCCCGGGCGACAUCCCGUGCAACGGCCACGGCGUCUGCGACGAAGAGACCUUUGCGUGCGGCUGCGAGGAGGGCUGGCGCGCCGCGGACUGCUCGGAGCGGACGUGCCCGUACGGGCCGGCGUGGUACGCGUACCCGACGGCGACGGACGUGGCCCACGUGACGCGCGAGGAGUGCUCGGGCAUGGGGACAUGUGAUCGAACAUUAGGAGUCUGCUUCUGCCAGGAUGGGUUUAGCGGGGCCGCGUGCGACGUGCUGGCGUGUCCCGGCGAGACGGCGCCGUGCUCGGGCCACGGCCAGUGCCUCACGAUGCAGCAACUAGCCCAGGCGAACGGCUUUACCUAUAGAAGCACGCCGGACGACCCCUACACGUGGGACGCCGACGCGGUCCGGGGCUGCCGCUGCGACGAGGGUUACCGGGGCUACGACUGCUCGCUGCGCUUCUGCCCCUUCGGCGACGACCCGCUCACGACCGCCGUCGUCGACUCGAAGGAAUGUAGUGGAAGGGGCCUCUGCGACGAGAUGACGGGGACGUGUGUCUGCAUGGAGGGUUUUGGGUCGUCGGACGGCAAGGGCAAGAAGGGCACCAUCCAGGACUGCGGCUACAAGCUGCCCCUGUCGGCGCCCGUAAUUUAG